GUGAUUGAGAGAGAGGGAAGGAGAGCGAGAGAUUUCCUGUACUACAUCAAAACUUCGUGUUUUUCCUUUCAUAGCAGUUCAUAACGUUUUUAAAAGCUGAUCCAGCUUCGGCAUAAUGCAAGCUAUUAAAUGUGUGGUGGUAGGCGAUGGGGCUGUGGGAAAGACCUGCCUUCUCAUCAGCUACACCACCAAUGCCUUCCCUGGAGAGUAUAUUCCCACCGUGUUUGAUAACUACUCUGCCAAUGUGAUGGUGGACAGCAAACCGGUCAACCUGGGGCUCUGGGAUACAGCGGGACAGGAGGAUUACGACAGACUGCGGCCCCUGUCCUACCCACAGACGGACGUGUUCCUCAUCUGUUUCUCUCUGGUGAGCCCAGCCUCAUACGAGAACGUCAGAGCCAAGUGGUACCCAGAGGUGCGGCACCACUGCCCCUCCACACCCAUCAUCCUGGUGGGAACCAAGCUGGACUUGCGGGACGAGAAGGAGACCAUUGAGAAGCUCAAGGAGAAGAAGCUGGCGCCCAUCACUUACCCACAAGGCCUAGCACUGGCCAAGGAGAUAGACGCGGUGAAGUACCUGGAAUGCUCCGCCCUCACGCAGCGGGGGCUCAAGACUGUGUUCGAUGAGGCCAUUCGAGCCGUACUGUGUCCCCAGCCCACCAAGGUCAAGAAACGAGGGUGCCAGCUCCUCUAAGGGAUGUGUUUGUUUACCCCAGAAAGAAUUGAAUAUGACGAACCCACAGUGGAACUACAAGGUCUGCUAGUCUGUGCACAUGUUUUUAUAUAUAUAUACAUUUUUUUCUCAUUUAUUUUCAGUUGCUUAUCUAAAUACACUUAGUAAUAUUUAAAAAACCUAAGAAAUCAUGGUGGUGUUUCCUGUAUGUUUGUAUCUGCCAGAGACUUAUGUGAGCAUACUGUAGUGUACAUUUGCACAGGAGUUUGCACAUGCAAUUGUAUAGGAAGUUUUUACCUUUGUCAGUUUACAUAAAUGACAGGUGUAUAUCAGAGAAAAGAUAAUUAUAAAUCUUCUUAUUCAUUUACCGCUGA